GCUUAGUGAUACAUAAGUAGGUUUUUUAGUUUCCAGAGAUGAUAAUGUGAAUGAAAUAUUAUGGAUGACUGUGUAUUGCAAGAUUUAUACACCUGGGUUGAUAAAAUCCCUUUGUCUCGUAUCAAAAGAAAUAUAGCAAGGGACUUUUCAGAUGGUGUUCUUAUGGCUGAAGUUAUGAAGUACUUUUUCCCGAAAAUUGUAGAUGUUCAUAAUUUUCCUACGUGUAACUCUGUCGAAUCGAAAAGGAAAAACUGGCAACUACUGAACUGGAAAGUCUUUAAAAAGUUGAAUUUCGAAUUAUCUGAUGAUGUUAUUGAAAGUUUGGCUAUAGCCAAACCCGGAACUAUAGAGAAAGUUUUGCUGCUAUUGAGAACGAGAAUUGAGCGAAUGGUUUCGGACGACAAGGGGAAGGUUUAUGAUUAUAGACCUGAGGCAGAUAGGUAUCCGCAUGCUCGUGGUAAUCGUGACAGUUCGAAUUCUCCAGAAGGUAGGUCUCGUCCUAAAAGACAAGUGAAUUCACAAUUUCCUCGUGGAUUCCGGUCUCCUUCCUUGGAUUUUCCAGCCAUAUGCAACGCUGGAGCAACUAUCUGUCAUGCACGUAGUCCUAAUGGAAUCGUAAACAUAGGUGAUCAGAAACUAAGUGGCAUUUUACCGAAAAGAUCGGAAUAUGUCCCUCGCAUGUAUUUCGAAGAUAAGAUGCAACAAUGUAUCACUUUAAAUGAGACCAUUGAGAUACUACAUGCCAAAAUUAGGAAGCUGGAGAGUCUUCUGACACUAAAAGACAGGAAAAUCGAAGAAUUACAGAAGAAAAUCAACUGGAUUUCACACUAGCAUAAUUUGUAUUUUUGUUUUGUCCUGCUGAUAUGUUUUCAAUUUGAUGUUGCUUACUAUGAAUCUGUAAAACAUGUGUUUUAGGACCCGUCAGUUUUGCUUAAGGAAUGAACUCCUUGUUUAUAAAAUCAUGACAUUUUUCAUACUUUGGCUAUUUUACUUUAAAAUUUGUAAAUAUAUUGGAAACACUGAUAUCUUGUGUGCUUAUUGUUUUUUACUGGUUGCCUUAGGUACAGUUUUGGAA